UGCCAGAGGAAAGACUCACACAGUCAUUACCCCAAUGACAUAAGACAUGUGGUGUCCUGAUUAUUGAAUUAAAACUCUUUUUUGAUGUCUUUGGUGGCCAGUGCAGUGGUGGACGAAGUACACAAACCAUGUACUCGAGUUAAAGUACAGAUACCCAAGGUAAAACAUUACUCCAGUAAAAGUAAAACUGCUCCCUUUAAACUUUCACUUUCUUUUCAACUAUUUCAAAAAAAAAAAAUCGCGCAAAUAAGGCCAUGGGUGUUAUGGCAAGUUAGAAUCGGACGUUUCUUCCAUUAUUUAUGAAGGCAUAGGCACUCUCAAAAUGUUAUGCUGUUGCACUGACGUUGAAUCGUGUGUUCGCGCUAGGUAGCUACCGCCAACAGGUCAAACCAUGGAGUGUAAGUUCAAAACAAAGCACGCGCUGUACCCUGAUGGGUGUGCUUGCUGCGUGCUUCAGUUUGACCUAAGUUUUAUCCACUCAUAAAUAAAAAGAAACGACUGAUUUUGCACAAUGUAGUAGAGUAAAAAGUAUGAUAUUUUACUUUGAAAUGUAGUGAAGUGAAAGUAAAAAGUGUCCCCAAAUGGAAAUACUUUAGUAAAGUAUAGAUACGCGAAAAAGCUACUUAAGUACAGUAACGAAUUACAUUUACUUCGUUCCACCACUGGGCCAGUGUGAAUGAUAACCACCUGUGUGUUCAGAUCUUUCUGCUCACAGUCCAUCACCCAGAGUAUCCCCGCCCUCCCAGCCACACCUCGGGAUGUACUGCAGCCUAAGAGGGCUAAUUAUGGACAGCCUCUCGCACUAAUACCACAGAGGAAUGAUGUAUUGACAGUCACUCCAUGGCUGGCACCGAUAGUCUGGGAAAGAACCUUUGACCCUGACAUGAUCGACAGCGCAUACAAGUCUUUGAACAUCACCAUCGCCACCACGGUGUUCGCUGUGGGAAAGUAUACCCAGUUCCUGCAGGAUUUCCUGGAGACAGCUGAGAAGUACUACAUGUCCGGGCUCAGAGUGCACUACUACGUCUUCACAGACCAGCCCCGGGAAGUACCCAGAGUGGAACUGGCUGCUGGCAGAAAGAUCAGCAUCAUCCAAGUGCCCAAGUACAGCCGCUGGCAGGAGAUCUCCCUGAGGAGGAUGGAGAUCAUCGAGAGGCACAUAAAUGAGACAAUACACAGGGAGGCUGACUAUAUCUUCUGCAUGGACGUGGACAUGAAGUUCCAUGACCGCUGGGGACCAGAGACCCUCGGCACGCUGGUUGGCGUGCUGCAUCCAUGGUUUUACGAAUUCACCCGUGACAAGUUCACUUACGAGCGCCGCCCAGAAUCCACUGCCUACAUUCCCAUGGAGGAGGGGGAUUUUUAUUACAUGGCCGCCGUGUUCGGGGGGAGAGUCAAAGAGGUCCAUGCACUGACCAAGAAGUGCCACGAGCACUUGGACAAGGACAAAUCCAAAAACCUGGAGGCCAUCUGGCAGGAGGAAAGCCAUCUCAAUUGGUACUUUCUGCACAACAAGCCCACCAAGGUGCUGUCCCCGGAGUACCUGUGGGACGACCAGAAGGGAGGCCUGCCCAGUGAAAUUAAACGUAAACGCUUCUCAGCGGUCAUAAAGAAUAAAGAGGCGGUACGGGAAAAUGUGUAGCCGAUUUGGACUAACGCACACGCGCCACCUGCCCACAGGAUGAAACCAAAACUCUGUGAGUUCACCUUAAAAUACAAAAGGGACAGAAUCAAAGGGAAGUAAUAAUAAUUAUUAUCAUAGACCCUAAAUAACUGUUCCGGUUGAAACAGAAACAGUGCUUUAGCUUUUUUUAACACCUGCAUCUUUUGGGAUGAAACCUUUGGGGCUGAAACCUUAAAGUACAGAAUGUGGUUCUCUUACCAUGGUCCAUGCCAUUGUGUUACCUGGAGAAACUGGUAAGUUUAAACAAAGUGAAUUUGUGAAUGCAGUUAAAUAUAGGCAAACAAGUAAAGGGAUUACGCAACCAUGUUACAUUGUGCAAGAUAGCAGGUAGCAUAUGGUUUUAACACUGGAAACAUUUGCAGUAAAAUAACUAGCUGGUCUGAAAACAGCGAGUUGAACAGGGGAGUGUGGAGCUGAAAUUAACUUUUAAGGUACCACUACUGACAACAGCUGUGAUUUGUUGCUAAGCUGAAGUUUGGGCACAACCUUAUACCCCACUGCUCAGGCUAAUAGCUAACGUCAGCUGGUGGCUAACGUCAGCUACCAAAAUGAACCAUGAUCACAAAUUAAUUUCACUUCUUACAUUAGCAACAUGUACUUUCUUGUCAGUACCUUGGUUAAUAUAAUUUAUUU